AUGGCCAAAAAUACUUCUAGUUCUGCAUUCCGAAAGAUAGAUAUAGAUCAGUACAAUGAAGAUAAUUUUAAAGAAGAUGAAGCGGAACAGUCCGUACCCACUGGACCGGAUGAAGGAGAAGUUUGCGCUCUGCUAAAUAAAGGCAGAUAUGUAGAUGCAUUGAAAGUUGUGCUAAAUAAUGCACCUUUGGGAUCAGCGAACCAACAGAUUAAAGAUAAUGCUUUAGCGUUGACAAUAAAGGUACUACUUGCAAUAAAAUCAACUCAAAUUGAAGAUGCUGUGGGCAACCUGUCUUCUGAUGACAUUGACAUAUUAAUGAAAUACAUCUACAGAGGCUUUGAGAAUCCAUCGGAAGGAUCAAGUGGACAUUUAUUGCUCUGGCAUGAAAAAGCUUUUAGUAUUGGUGGCUCUGGCUCCAUAGUUAGAGUACUGUCUGACAGAAUGAAAGUUUAA